AUGUUCAGGAAACACUGUGCUAAUCGCACCCACCGUCUGCGGUCAUCGCUUAAAAUGACCCACGGCAAGGGAAAAGACUUUAAAAAGUUGCCCCCACUGACCAACGAAAUCAUCAAGGACGGACAUCUCCAACUACUCCUCUUCGAAGCCGAACGAGCCUGGUCUUACUCUCAAGAUCUCCUCGCCCAGUCCCUCGAACCAACAAACGCCGACAGAGCGAGCAGCCUCCGCCACAGCGCAACCGGCCGCUUCAGGCGCGCCGUAAACUGGUCAACCCAGCUCCUCUCCCACUGCCAAUCGCUCUACGCCGCCGACAGACUCUCCGCCGAAAACCUCGUCCAGGCGACGAUCUACACCGUCAUCCUCAACGGGCGCUUCCUGCGCUACCGAGAUGACUUUGAGGACGCCCUUAUCCAACUCUGCGUCGCAAGGCACUUGUUGGACGAGUUGGCGAGUACAGCCGUGACGAGUCGCGACCAAGCUCUCGCAGUUCUAUUCGCAGAUGAGAUUAGCCCGGAAAUCCGUCACUGUGCGCACGAGCUGGGGCGAGCAAAAGCCUACGAUAUCGACGGUAUCGUAGCAGAACUUGCUCCCAAGCACCUCAACUCGAUCGUCGAGAACAGCGACACGCUCAUCGCAGCUCUCAAAUCCCAAGGGCAGGCUUCUUCCGCAUCCGAGUCGCGCACCAAACUUAAGGAACUCAUCUGGGAAGACGAACCCGUGCCCAUCCGUAACCCCGAGUUGGUCGACGUCCUACUCAAGGUCCAAGAUGCCAAACAACGCCUCUCAGAAGCUCAAGCGUCCGCACACCACGCAAAGUCGAAAAAGGGCGUUGCGGCGUACGAUGCCAUCCUCCUCGCACUGAGCGACGCGGAGGAGCUCUCGCGCAAACUCUCCGAAGCACAGCAGAUAUCCACAGGUUCAUCAGGUGCUGCAAGCGUCGGGCGAGACAUCCACUUCGUCUACGCUUACAUCGUGUACCAACUCUUGCGUUACCGAAUCCAACGAGACCUACUCCUCAUCUCCGCUCUCCUCUCUUCCCAUCCUACUCCCCCGAGCUCGGCCUCCACUUCCAAAGCCUCGUCCAAACCCCAAAGUGUAGACAGCCGCCUCUACCCAGCCGUCGUCAAACUCCUCGACACAGUCCUCCAAAGCCUGGACCAAAUGCGCACUCUAAGCGUCGUAGACGACAACCCCGACCUCGCAACCGCCGUCGACGCCCGCAUCUCAUUCACAAAAGCAAAACGAUGCAUCUACCUCGCGCGGUGCUACACGCCCAUCAAGAAGUACGCCGAAGCAUUGGCUCUCCUCCAACACGGUUCCCUCCACCUCCGCGAAACCAACUCGUCUUUAUCCCUCCUGGAUGGGACCGCAGAUGCGUUAUCGACAUUCUUCCCCAUCUCAUCCGAAUCGGUUAAAGAACUCGAAGAUACCCUAGCGGGUGAUAACACGCGCUACAAACGGGAAUGGUUCACGUAUAACGGCGGAUCGAUCACUGCAGACCCCAAAGACUACAAGAAACCCCUCUUCUUCGAUAUCGCACUCAACUAUGUCGAGUUGCCGAUGGACAGGUUACUCGAGAGGGCUGGGAAAGCGCCUCCCCCUGCUCCUGCUCAGCCAACCAUCGCAGCUCCUGUCGCUGUCCCUGCUGGUAAACAACCACCCAAAGAAGCCGCUCCAGUCGCAGAGAAGAAGACGCCAGCGCAAAAGGCCAAAGUGGAGGAAACGCGGCCUGCUACUCCUCAACCCCAAACGCAGACCCGCGGUGGCCUCAGCUCGCUGCUCGGAGGUUGGUGGGGUCGCAGUUAA